AUGUAUGUAUGGUUCAAAGGUCACAUAAAAUUAAAAUGUUUCUUCCUCCCUCUCUCUCACUCAAACACUUCCUUCUCUCUUUCUCUUUCUUUCUUUCUUUCUCUCUCUUUCUCUUUCUUUCUCUCUCUCUCUCUUUCUCUCUCUUUCUCUUUCUUUCUCUCUCUCUCUCUCUUUCUCUUUCUUUCUCUUUCUUUCUCUUUCUUUCUCUCUCUUUCUCUCUUCUCUUUCUCUUUCUUUCUCUCUUCUCUUUCUCUUUCUUUCUCUCUUCUCUUUCUCUCUUCUCUUUCUCUCUUCUCUUUCUCUCUUCUCUUUCUCUCUUCUCUUUCUCUCUUCUCUUUCUCUCUUCUCUUUCUCUCUCGUUCUUUUUCUCUCUCGUUCUUUUUCUCUCUCGUUCUUUUUCUCUCUCGUUCUUUUUCUCUCUCGUUCUUUUUCUCUCUCGUUCUUUUUCUCUCUCGUUCUUUUUCUCUCUCGUUCUUUUCUCUCUUUUCUCUCUUUUUUCUCUCUCUUCUUUUUUCUCUCUCUUUUUUCUUUUUUUUCUGUCUCUUUCUUUCUUUCUUUUCUUUUCUGUCUCUUCUCUUUUCUUUCUCUGUCUUUUUCUUUCUCUGUCUUUCUCUGUCUUUCUCUGUCUUUUUCUUUCUCUGUCUUUUUCUUUCUCUGUCUUUUUCUUUCUCUGUCUUUUUCUUUCUCUGUCUUUUUCUUUCUCUGUCUUUUUCUUUCUCUGUCUUUUUCUUUCUCUGUCUUUUUCUUUCUCUGUCUUUUUCUUUCUCUGUCUUUUUUUUUCUCUUUUUUUCUUUUCUUUCUUUCUCUGUCUUUUCUUUCUCUGUCUUUUUUUCUUUUUCUCUGUCUUUUUUUUCUCUGUCUUUUUUUUUCUCUGUCUUUUUUUUUCUCUUUCUUUUUCUUUCUUUGUCUUUUUUCUUUCUCUGUCUUUUUUUUUUUUCUUUUUUCUUUCUCUGUCUUUUUCUUUUUGUCUUUUUUUUCUCUGUCUUUUCUUUUUCUUUUUCUUUCUCUGUCUUUUUUCUUUCUUUCUCUGUCUUUUUUCUUUGUCUUUUCUUUUUUCUUUCUUUUUUUUUCUUUCUCUGUCUUUUUCUUUCUCUGUCUUUUUCUUUCUCUGUCUUUUUCUUUCUCUGUCUUUUUCUUUCUCUGUCUUUUUCUUUCUCUGUCUUUUUCUUUUUCUUUCUCUGUCUUUUUCUUUCUCUGUCUUUUCUUUUCUGUCUUUUUUCUUUCUCUGUCUUUUUCUUUCUCUGUCUUUUUCUUCUCUGUCUUUUUUUUUUUUUUCUUUUCUGUCUUUUCUUUCUCUGUCUUUUUCUUUCUCUGUCUUUUUCUUUCUCUGUCUUUUUCUUUCUCUCGUCUAAAAAUUCAAGUCUCAAUGAUGCUUUUUGUCCAUUCUUUUCUGUGGGGGGGGGUCAAUCUCCGAAACUCUGUUCGAGUUUUGCUAACGUAUCUAUAGUUGAAAUUCCGAUAUUUCUCCUUUCUUUUUCUUCUUUCUUUUUUCUUUUUUCUUUUUCUUUUUUCUUUUUCUUCUUUAUUUUUUUCUUUUUCCUUUUUUCUUUUUUCUUUUUCUUCUUUCUUUUUUUUUCUUUUCCUUUUUUCUUUUUUCUCUUUUUCUUUACCUUUUUUCUUUUCCUUUUUCUUUUCCUUUUUCUUUUUUCCUUUUUCUUUUCCUUUUUCUUUUCCUUUUUUCUUUUCCUUUUCUUUUCCUUUUUUUUUCUUUUUUCUUUUCCUUUUUUUUCUUUUCCUUUUUUCUUUUCCUUUUUUUUUUCUUUUUUUUUUCUUUUCCUUUUCUUUUUUCCUUUUUUUUUCCUUUUUCUUUUCUUUUUUUUCUUUUCCUUUUUUUCUUUUCCUUUUUCUUUUCCUUUUUUUCUUUUCCUUUUUCUUUUCCUUUUUUCCUUUUUCUUUCCUUUUUUUCUUUUCCUUUUUUCUUUUCCUUUUUUCUUUUCCUUUUUCUUUUCCUUUUUCUUUUCCUUUUUUCUUUUCCUUUUUUCUUUUCCUUUUUUCUUUUCCUUUUUUUUUUUCCUUUUUUUUUUUCUUUUCCUUUUUCUUUUCCUUUUUUCUUUUCCUUUUUCUUUUCCUUUUUUCUUUUCCUUUUUUCUUUCCUUUUUUUCUUUUUCCUUUUUUCUUUUUCCUUUUUUUUUUUUUCUUUUUUCUUUCCUUUUUUUUUUUUCUUUUCCUUUUUUCUUUUCUCUUUUUUUUUCCUCUUUUUUUUUUUUUUCCUCUUUUUUUUUUCUUUUUUUCCUUUUUUUUUAUCCUCUUUUUUUUUUCCUUUUUUCCUCUUUCUUUUUCCUCUUUUUUUUCCUCUUUUCUUUAUCCUCUUUUUUUUUUUCUCUUUUUUUUUUCCUCUUUUCUUUUUCCUCUUUCGCUUAA